AACCUGCAAACAUCCAGUAACAGGACAGCCAUCGCAGGACAACUGUAUCUUUGUUGUGAAUGAACAGACUGCUGCAGCAAUGACAUCUGAAGAAAAGAAGGAGCGACCAGUAAGCAUGAUAUGUGAAGCAACUAACUAUAAUCUGACAUCAGAUUAUGCUGCUCAUCCAAUGAGCCCUGUGGGCAGAACAUCACGAUCUUCAAAGAAGGUUCAUAAUUUCGGAAAGAGAUCAAACUCAAUAAAGAGAAAUCCUAAUGCACCAGUUGUCAGACGUGGCUGGCUCUACAAACAGGAUAGUACUGGAAUGAAGUUGUGGAAGAAACGGUGGUUUGUGCUCUCAGAUCUGUGUCUCUUCUAUUACAGAGAUGAGAAAGAAGAAGGAAUACUAGGUAGCAUACUUCUACCUAGUUUUCAGAUAUCUGUGCUUUCUCCUGAGGACCAUAUUAACCGCAAAUAUGCCUUUAAGGCAGCUCAUCCAAACAUGAGGACCUAUUAUUUCUGCACAGAUACAGGGAAGGAAAUGGAGUUGUGGAUGAAAGCCAUGACAGAUGCAGCACUUGUGCAGACAGAGCCUGUGAAAAGAGUAGAGAAGUUAACCACUGAAAAUACACCACCUCGAGAAGCAAAUAAUAUUUCAAACCAUCGGGUGCUAAUUAAGCCAGAGGCACAAAAUAACCAGAAGAACAAAGAAGUGAUCAAAAAUGAGGAGAAGAAAGCUUUGGAAGCUGAAAAAUAUGGAUUCCAGAAAGUUGGGCACGAUAAACCAUUAACGAAAAUUAACAGUGUAAAGCUAAAUCCUUUGGGAUCCGAAUACAGGACUUUACCCAUAACUACGAUUCAGGCUGGACACUUCAGACCAGUUCAUCUAAAUGGGUCUGAGAAUAAAGCUGUUGGUGGUGUUCUGGCAGACGCUGGAGAUGGAGGUCAGCACAACGUGGUUCAGUCACAUAUGGAGUCUGAGAGAGCUAUGCAGAGAACUAAUUCAAUGCUGCAGCUGGAACAGUGGAUUAAAAUGCAAAGAGGAAAAGGACAAGAAGAGGAAACAAGAGGCAUAAUCUCAUAUCAGACGUUACCAAGAAACAUGCCAAGCCAUCGACCUCAAGUUUUACCCCGGUACCCAGAAGGCUACAGAACACUGCCGAGAAACAGCAAAGCACGGCCGGAGAGCCUCUGCAGCGUAACACCGUCGGCUUAUGACCGAGCUAUAGGACCAGUAACAGCCGAAGAGAAACGGAGGUCAAUGCGCGAUGACACGAUGUGGCAGCUCUAUGAAUGGCAGCAACGUCAGUUUUACAAUAAGCAAACAACUCUUACUAGACACAGUACUUUAAGUAGCCCAAAAACUAUGAUUAAUAUUUCUGAUCAGACGAUGCAUUCGAUUCCCACCUCACCUUCUCACGGUUCAAUCGCUGGUUUCCAAGGGUAUUCCCCACAGCGGACCUACAGAUCAGAAGUGUCUUCACCAGUGCAAAGGGGAGAUGUAACUAUUGAUCGCAGACACAGGACGCAUCAUACUAAGCAUGUCUUUGUGCCUGACAGAAGGUCAAUGCCAGCAGGUCUGAGUUUACAGCCUGUUACUCCUCAGACCCUCCAAGGCAAAACAAUGAAAGAGAAUGAACCUUUAAUCACCAUGGUUCACACUAUGAUUGAGAACUCGGCGCUAAGACCGCAACUGUACCAGCAAUUAACACAAGAAGAAUGUAGGGGUACACUAUACAAAUAUAGAACUGAAGAGCUGGAUAUUGAUGCUAAGCUUAGCCGUUUAUGUGAACAAGAUAAAGCUGUACAAGCACUGGAAGAGAAGCUUCAACAGCUACACAAGGAGAAAUACACGCUUGAGCAAGCUUUGCUAUCAGCAAGUCAGGAGAUAGAAAUGAAUGCAGAUAAUCCCGCAGCCAUACAAAAUGUAGUCUUACAGAGAGAUGACUUGCAGAACGGACUACUUAGCACUUGUCGAGAAGUAUCGCGAGCUACUGCAGAACUGGAAAGAGCUUGGAGAGAAUAUGAUAAAUUGGAGUAUGAUGUAACUGUAACAAGGAGCCAUAUGCAGGAGCAACUCGAACGGCUUGGAGAAAUUCAGACUGAGUCAGCAGGGAUACAGCGUGCUCAGAUUCAGAAGGAACUGUGGAGAAUUCAAGAUGUCAUGGAGGGUUUAAGUAAACAUAAACAGCAAAGAAGCUCUUCAGAGGCAGGCAUCAUGGGAUCAAGGACAUUUUCAGCUAUUAAAUAUAAAAAUGAGGAAGAGGAAGUAGUCCCACCUCGUCCUCCACUCCCUCGGUCCUAUGACUUUACAGAGCAUCCUCCCAUAAUCCCCCCUCUGCCCAGUGAUAGCAGCUCCUUGCUCUGUUAUAGCAGGGGCCCAGUACAUCUGCCAGAAGAAAAGAAGAUUCACCAAGUUCAAGGAUAUCAGAGAAAUGGAUCUUACUGUGGUCCUGAUUAUAGGCUUUAUAAGAGUGAACCGGAGUUAACUACAGUAGCAGAAGUGGAUGAGUCUAAUGGCGAAGAAAAAACAGAACAAACUUCAGAAUCAGAAUCUACAGCUAAAGGCUCACAUUUUCCCGUGGGAGUUGUACCACCCAGAACCAAAUCACCAACGCCAGAGUCUUCAACAAUAGCGUCCUACGUCACUUUGAGGAAGAAUAAGAAGAUAGAUCUAAGAACGGAAAGACCAAGAAGUGCAGUGGAGCAGCUGUGUCUUGCAGAAAGCACACGGCCUCGAAUGACUGUGGAGGAACAGAUGGAAAGAAUAAAGAGACACCAACAAGCUUGCCUGAGAGAGAAGAGAAAAGGACUCAAUAUCAUUGGCGUUUCAGACCAGUCUCCUUCACAGAGUCUGCCGUCUGUCAGAGAUAAUCCAUUCAAAUUGGCACAGAAUCGAAAAAAGGAUGAUACUGUAUCUGGUAACAUGAAGGAAUUGGGGAGCACCAGUAAAGAAAAUAAUUUAAAACAAAAUGAUGAAAGUCCUGGAGAAGAAAUAGUGCAACUAAAACAUGAUGGAGAACAAGAACAUAAUUCAGGUGUUACUAAAGAGCUGACAAAAACUGAUGAUCUUUUAUCAGAUGCACAUGUUGUAUCUGACUCAAAAGAAGUGAGUAAUGAAGAGAAAGCAGAAAAGGAAAAGAAAAGUAAAUUGGAAGAAACACAUGAUGGUGAUAUAAGCUUGCAGAGUGUGACCACAGUUACAAACCACAAACCCAAAACCAGCUCAGAAGAAAGUGAAGCAGUUAGUGUUCAAGGACAAGGAGGGAUUAUUUCUUCUUUUGAAUUAGCAGCACAGUCUUCAAAAGGAAAUCAGGCAACAGCAGUGAAAAGUUUGCCUUCUUCACCAGAAUCGUCAUUGUCACCAGCUCCAUCUACACAGACGCAGCUCACAGAAGGAUCACAUUUCAUGUGUGUAUAGUUACAGAGAACACUAAUGGCUUCUGUUGAAACAAUUCAUGCCUGAGAUGUAUGGACCUGACCUAUGAAAAUAUGAGAAGAUAUUGUACAGUAUAUUUUAAAUCUAUGAAAUUCAUAGUUCUGAUGCUUUUGGCCACAGAGCAUCAUUUUAUCACUUCCUGGGAAAUGUUUAUUCCAAGAGAGCUUUAAAUGGCCCACAUGUACACUCAACAACCUUCCGAUUGUUCUCCUGAUACCAGCUUGCUGCUAUGAUUUCUGUGCACAUAAAAUAAAGGCUCUUUUUUAAUGUGCAGCCUACAGUCAGAACUUUAUUUGAUAUUCUUCAGAAUUUAAUGUUCUUUUAAUUACGGAUCCUUUAAGUUUACUUUUUUGCUUCUUUUAGAUGCUUAACUCGGUUAAU